AGGGAAUUGCCAUGGCACAUUCGGUCACUCUGGUUGCAGCCCAGGUGGCACGUCGUUGUUGGUAGGUGGUGGAGCAUGCGAAGAGGUGGUUGGGCCAAAAGAAAAGUCACACGAAAUGAAAUAUGUACAGCGGGAAAUCAACAGUAUGAACAAGAGAUACCAUUUAAAAUUUGAGCGAUCAUUGCAGUCAAUGGAUUCGUUUUGUAAUCCCAAAUGUUGUCGAUGCAAGAAGCAUUCCGGAUGGACGAGUGUGAAAGGUGUUUCUUUGUGAGGGGGGUUCAUUAUGUCAUCGCUAAGGAUUUCCCACAACUCCCUGCAAAAAAAAACAUCAACAAAAACCAACCCAGAGAAGAGAUGUCAGAGAUGAGGGGGUUGGGGGUUGGAUUGCUAUUAUUGAUUAUUGCCAAUUGCAUUGUCAUUUUGGCGGCAUCCCUAUUUUGAGCACCCAAUCAGUUACUUGUAGCCUUUUCAUUCUUGGAUGCCAGCUCACAUCACCCCACAGACCUUCAAGUGUUCUUCGUGUUUCUUUCGGCUCCACCUCCUCCCAUCUGCCUCCCCGGAGGCCACCGGACGGGACUUCCCCACACCACAGACCUCCAAAGACUCGCGGUCUCAGGAUGCCCAGACGUACAUCGUGGUCGGCAUGGCUUCGAUGUUGGCAGCCAAUUGCAGCGUCCCGAUCACCUCUGUGGUCCUGGCCGUCGAGCUGGCGGGCGGCGCCAGCUACGAGGCCACUCUGCCACUCAUCACCGGCAUCGGUGUAGCGCUCUACGUCUCGGCGGUGCUGUUGCCCGCCAUCUUGGAUGGCUUGGACCGUGAUGCCGCGCUUCAGAGGUUGGGCGAAGAAGCGGAAGAUACUGGCUUAUGAUUGCAAAACGAUUGAGCUAAUGAACGUUUCAUAGGAAUCGCUUUGGAUAGAAG